CAGUGAAAGAAAAACCAGUUUCUAAUUAUGGCCACGUCGAUACUCACCGAUUGUAGCAGCUUUCAAGGCUCUACAACCAGUUCUUCCAGUGACAUGAUGACUGGCACCACGGCAGCUUCAUCUUGGUGUGCCAUACCCACAUCAACAAGGAUACGCUUAAUACGGCUCUUUCGUCCACAUACACGUCGUAUGCUGGUGACGCCCAGUGCCACACCUUCCUAUGGUUUUUCGGUAAGAGGUGGCAAGGAAUAUAAUACAGGAUUUUUUGUCUCCAAUGUGGAUCGGAAUAGUGAAGCGGAACAGAAGGGAUUGAGGAUUGGCGAUCAAAUAUUGCGUAUCAAUGGAUUCAGAAUCGAUGAUGCCAUCCACAAGGAGUUCUGUCAACUUGUUACUAGUCAAGAUCGUUUGGUGCUUAAAGUGCGCAGUGUGGGCAUGUUGCCAUCAAAAGACACGGAUUUCGAUAAUCUUUCCUGGAAUGUGGUGAAAAUUCCCAGUAUUAGCAGUACCCCAUCGGAGUGCUCCUUUCAAUCGAGUAGCAGCACAGCGGAUCAUCCAACUCUACGCAAUCGCAAUGAACGGGUGGUAAAUAUCGUACUCAAUGUGGCACCCCGAACCAAAUUGGGCCUGGGCAUAUGUAAGGGGCCCGAAUGGAAACCGGGUAUUUUUGUUCAGUUUACCAAGGAGAAAAGUGUGGCCCGUGAGGCUGGACUACGGCCAGGAGAUCAAAUUUUGACUGUCAAUAGCAUCGAUUUCUCGGAUGUGUUGUUCAGCGAGGCAGUGGCCGUUAUGAAAAGCUCCAAUAAAUUGGAUAUGACCGUACACAAGGGUGCUGGUUGUGAUCUAUUUCCUGGUGAGUCGAGUGGUUAUAACAGUUCGGCUAGUUCCGUGACCGGUGAUCAAAGUCCAUGUUGGGGUGAUGUGAAAUCGAAGCGUCUGACAUCAGUGAGGGAAGAGACAAGUGUCACACCUCCCUCACCACCACAUGGCCCGACAAUUACAAAACACAAUAUUUGGAAUCAGCAGGGGUUAUAUGAAAAUGAACCCAGAUCGAGAUCGAAGUCGAAUGCAGAACGUUGCAUGAAAUCCAUGGUAAAUGAUAACACCAUACGUCCCGAUGAUACCAUGAAGAAUAUGACAAAAUCCCAUAAAGAGAUAAAUAAAACCAUUAUAAAAUUAUCCGAGAGUGGAACUUCUAUAAAUAACACCUAUGUGGCCACCACACAACCUUUAACGCAGAGUAAUAGUAAUUCAGAUACCACACUACGUCAUGGCUCCUUGACAAGUGGUUAUAGUGAAAGUGUGUCCAGCAGUGACAAUGAUUACAAUGUUGCCACCCUGACAAAGAACAAUCAACAAUCAGCUGGUGAUAUGAAGAGUAGUAACAUCCCACCGGUACCACCACCAAUUGCCAUACAAAAUACAAGUGCGCCUAAAAGUAUGCAUCACACAACGAAUAAUAAUCAUCACCAGAAUGCUUCUCAACUUCCUGCCUUCAAAGAUGCGAAUAUUAAAUUGGGUGGAUUGGCUUCCACAAUGCAAAGAUAUGCCACAUUGGCCAAUUAUGUGGCCAUAAACGAUUUACCCACGUCACCGACAAAACCCAGUGCGGAGAAUGAAUUAUCGACAACAUCUGGAGCGAAUGCCCAGACUGAUAGUUGCAGUUUAUCAAAUGCCAUAACGGAGGAAUUGAAGAAACGUAGAGCGAAACGUCAACCGAAUUGUCAGCCAUCACAGCGCAGUGAUAGCUUGAACAACAAUUCGAAUUCACCUGGAGAGCCGAAAUCUUCCACCAAGAGCCAUAACACUCACAUUGCCACUGAUGACCAACACAGUGCUCUCAUGAACGAGUUUAAACAGGCCCAUAAACGUAUGUUCCGAAAUGGUUUCAAGGAUUCAGAAUCUUCGGAAAAUCAAGUCAUCGAACAUAUUUAG